AUGCUCUCUCUGAUGCAAGCUGCACUUCUCAUUGCUAUCACCUUGCUUCCAGCCCGCCCCGCAGCCCCUGCGGGCUCCCGCCAGAACCACCUCAGUAGCUUUUCUUGGGAUAACUGUGACGACGGGAAGGACCCUGUAAUCAUCAACAGCCUGACGCUAGAACCUGAUCCCAUUGUCAUUCCCGGGAAUGUGACCAUCGGUGCUGAGGUCAAGACCAGUGUACCCCUCGUGUCUCCUCAGAAGGUGGUAUUAACUGUGGAGAAGAAAGUGGCAGGUGUCUGGGUCAAGAUCCCCUGUGUGGAACAGCUCGGCAGCUGCUCCUAUGACAACAUCUGUGAUGUGCUGGACACGCUCGUUCCCCCUGGGAAGUCGUGCUCAGAGCCGCUGCACGUCCAUGGGCUUCCCUGCCACUGCCCCAUUACAGAAGGUACCUACUCAUUGCCCAGCCGUGUUUUCACAGUGCCUGAGAUGGGGCUGCCCAACUGGCUCGUCACCGGGAACUACUACAUCCAAGGCGUUCUAAGCAGCGGGGAGAAACGUCUGGCCUGCGUCAAGAUCUCCGCCUCUGUAAAGGGCAAGUAG